AUGAUGGAAACGAACUCGACAGAGAGAUACAUCUUCAAACCCAACUUCCUGGGGGAGGGGUCUUACGGAAAGGUGUACAAGGCGUACGACACCAUACUGAAAAAGGAAGUAGCCAUAAAAAAAAUGAAAAUUAACAAAAUAAGUAAUUACAUCGAUGAGUGUGGAAUAAACUUUGUCCUACUUAGAGAGAUAAAAAUAAUGAAAGAAAUAAAACAUCAAAAUAUUAUGACCGCGUUGGAUUUGUAUUGUGAGAAAGACUACAUAAAUUUGGUGAUGGAAAUUAUGGACUACGACUUGGCAAAAAUUAUUAAUCGAAAAGUAUUACUAACAGAUAGCCAAAAAAAAUGCAUCCUUUUGCAAAUUUUGAAUGGCCUGAAUGUAUUACAUAAGUACUAUUUUAUGCAUCGAGAUUUAUCCCCUGCGAAUAUUUUUAUUAACAAAAAAGGGGAAGUGAAAAUUGCAGACUUUGGAUUAUCCUCCAAGUAUGCAUAUGAUAUGUACGUAGAUACGUAUGCAAAAGAUAAGUAUAGUAAAAGGACGUUAAAUUUAACUAGCAAAGUUGUCACCCUAUGGUAUAGGGCACCCGAAUUACUAAUGGGAAGUAAUAAAUACAACUCCGCAGUGGACAUGUGGAGCUUUGGGUGCAUAUUUGCAGAACUCCAUUUACAGAAGGCUUUAUUUCCUGGAGAAAAUGAAAUCGAUCAGUUAGGGAAAAUAUUUUUUUUGUUAGGAACACCAAAUGAAGACAACUGGCCUGAGGCUCGUUACCUUCCCCUGUACACAGAAUUUACAAAGGCGAAUAAGAAGGACCUUAAAAACAUAUUGAAAAUUGACGAUGAUGACUGCAUCGAUUUGUUAAUGUCUUUUUUGCGGCUGAAUUCGCAUGAGCGUAUCACUGCGGAGGAAGCACUGAAACACAAGUAUUUUUUUAGCGACCCCCUGCCCUGUGACGUGUCUCAGCUUCCUUUUAACGACUUAUGA